UUGAGUCCAGGGAUUAAUAACUAUUUAAUUUCAGUACUCACAAUAUGAUGAACAACAAGCUAAAAUUAGUCAUCGUCUUCACUGUGAUUGUGAUGCUGGCUCAAGGUCUAAGCAGAGAAGAAUUUGUAGAGAAAGCCAACAAUGUGGUAGGAAACUUAGGACAAGAGGUUAACUUAAGACAAACCUUCUUCAAUGGUAUCAGAACAUAUUGGAACGGAGUGGUAAAUGGUUAUAAUUCUUGGUCAAAGACUUAUAAGAUCAAGGAUUGGUGCAUGAACGAUCAGUUCCAAGAAACAAUAGUUUCUGGCAUUAUUAUUGGGUUAUUCAGAACUUUGACGUUGCAGUAUGUUAACCUCUUCCAACUUGGUAGAGAUAUUAAUAAUGCCUUUGAUCAAGUGACUGGGCAAUUAAUUUAUUGCAAAGGAGAUGAAAUUGGAAAGAGUGCAAGACUCUUCUUCUUUGAUACCAUCAUUUGGUUCGAGAUUGCAGCUGUUAUCACAGCUGUAGCCCAGAACUUCGGAAUGUUUAUUGCAUCUAUUCCUUUGGGAAUCGCCAAUUUGAUUUCAGGAGAUCUUCAGAAUCUUGGAUACAUCCAUGGAAAAUUAGUGAGACUGAUCUUUGAUGCUGCCAGACAGUUCCAAUAACUU